CUGUAGCUUCACCAUGGUCCCUGCUGAGAACGCCGAGGGCCCCGGUCCGCUGAACCCCAAGGGGACCCCCGCCGAGACGGACGGCAGCGACGGAGCCCGCGGCCGCCGGCACCCGCCCUGGGCCAGAGGUUGUGGCACGUUUACCCUCUUGUCAUCUGUCACAGCUGCUGUCAGUGGCCUCCUGGUAGGUUAUGAACUUGGGAUCAUCUCUGGGGCUCUUCUUCAGCUGAGAACCUUAUUAGCCCUGACCUGCCAGGAGCAGGAGAUGGUUGUGAGCUCCCUCCUCGUCGGGGCCUUACUGACCUCUGUCAUGGGAGGGGUCCUCAUUGACAGGUACGGAAGAAGGGCUGCCAUCAUCUUGUCAUCCUGCCUGCUUGGACUUGGAAGCCUCGUCCUGGUGCUCAGUUUAUCUUACACGGUUCUUAUCGUGGGACGCAUUGCUGUCGGGGUUUCCAUUUCACUCUCUUCAAUUGCCACUUGUGUUUACAUCGCCGAGAUUGCCCCACAACACAGAAGGGGUCUUCUGGUGUCACUGAAUGAGUUGAUGAUUGUCAUUGGCAUUCUUUUGGCCUACAUUUCAAAUUAUGCAUUUGCCAAUGUUUCCCACGGCUGGAGGUACAUGUUCGGCCUCGUUCUUCCCUUGGGAGUUUUGCAAGCGAUUGGAAUGUACUUUCUUCCUCCAAGUCCCCGGUUUCUCGUGAUGAAAGGACAGGAGGAAGCUGCUGGCAAGGUUCUCAGAAGGUUGAGAGCCAUCUCAGAUACCAUGGAGGAGCUCACUCUGAUCAAAUCUUCCCUGAAAGAUGAAUAUCAGUAUAGUUUCUGGGAUCUGUUUCGUUCGAAGGACAACAUGAGGACCAGAAUAAUGAUAGGCCUAACAUUGGUAUUUUUUGUACAAAUCACUGGCCAGCCAAACAUAUUAUUCUAUGCAUCAACUGUUUUGAAAUCUGUUGGCUUCCAAAGCAAUGAGGCGGCUAGCCUAGCCUCCACAGGGGUUGGGGUUGUCAAGGUCAUCAGCACCAUCCCGGCCACCCUUCUCGUAGACCAUGUCGGGGGCAAAACCUUCCUCUGUGUUGGCUCUUCCAUGAUGGCAGCUUCAUUGGUGACAAUGGGCUUUGUGAAUCUCAACAUCCACAUGAACUUCACCAGUAUCUGCAGAAACCAUAGUCCUAUCAACCAGUCCUUGGAUGAGUCUGUGUUUUAUGGAUCAAGAAACUUGUCAGCCAGCAAUGAAACUCUUAGAGAGCUCUUUAAAGGGGUCACUACCCACAGCGUAAGCUCACUAACGCCCAGAAGAAAUGAUGUGGAUAAGAGAGGGGAGAUGACCUCAGCAUCCUUACUAAAUGCUGGAUUGAGCCUAACUGAAUACCAGUCAGUCACCGACCCUGCGGAAGUGUCACCGUCUUUGCGAUGGCUGUCCUUAGCCAGCUUGCUUGUGUAUGUUGCUGCUUUCUCAAUUGGCCUAGGACCAAUGCCCUGGCUGGUGCUCAGUGAGAUUUUUCCCGGUGGAAUCAGAGGAAGAGCCAUGGCUUUAACGUCCAGCAUGAACUGGGGCAUCAACCUCCUCAUCUCGCUGACGUUUUUGACCGUGACCGAUCUCAUUGGCCUGCCAUGGGUGUGCUUUAUAUACGCAAUCAUGAGUCUUGCAGCCCUGGGCUUUAUUGUCAUGUUUAUACCUGAGACAAAGGGAUGCUCUUUGGAACAAAUAUCAAUGGAGCUGGCAAAAUCGAACUAUGUGAAAAACAACAUUUGUUUCAUGCGGGAUCACCAAGACGAAUUAGCGCCGAAACUCCAAAGAAACACACAAGAACAGCUCUUAGAGUGUAAAAGCUGAGUGGUGGGCGACAACCGGGGCAGCUUUUUCCGGAGACCCAAUAGCCUCAAAACCUUAUAAAUGUUGAUCCAGUGUAAGAACAUUUAGUACGAUGUCUUCAUACCAAUACAUGUUGGCCACUCCCAGGUUGCCUUUUAGUGUCAUGAAGCGAAUUUAUAAAGACCACCUUUAAUCUCCACCCACAAUAGGGAAGUGAGGUAUAAGGUCCCAAGCCUCUAUUAUUCUGAGCAGGAUACUGGGUGGAAAAAAAUACUGGCUGGUUCAACACUUUCCACCUUUUCAUAGAGCAGCUCUGAAAAACUGAACCAGUGAUGCGAGCACCUUUUGCCUUCAGGUGCGUAUGCAGAGAGGCAGUUGCAGCUGUACCAUCCAGACAGUAAGUGGGCUAAACACAGCCUUACAGUUUUUUCCCUACUGAGACACUACUUGUACUGGGUCUCGUGUAGAGAAGAACCAGGCAGGACAAUUGCAUGUAUGUUCUAGAUUAGAAUAGGGUGCUGGCUAGGACUUUAGUGAUAAUUCCUAAUUACAGUUUAAUAGGUACAAACAUUAUGCAUCUUAUUUUAUGAAUUAUGAGCUAUAAUGUAAGGCAAAGUACCUUACUUUUAUGAAUUUCAUAUCUGUGUUAUAAAAUAAUGAAACAAUUCUGCAAUGGCUGAGAAAAAUAAGCAUGUUCCCAUCCAUUUAAAAAGUAUGAAUAGAAAGGACAAUUUGAAAUCCCUGGGACAUUUAUUUAGAAACAGCCAUUAUUAAAAUAUUAGGAGUCAGGCCAUUAGGUUAUUUAUUCAAAUCUCUAAGCAGUUAGAUUUGACUUUUCAAGACAAGCUCAUAAAAUUCUCUUUGUAAGGCAUUCACGGUAACUUAAUAGCGAUCCAGUUUCCUACAAUCCUUUGCACUUCUCAGGAUUACCACUACCUCAGGUUACAGCACACACACUAUAACUGAUGCUGACUUUCAGAUAGCUGCAGACAUGAUAAAUGACAGACAGCAGGACAAUUCCCUCACUACAUUCUUCUCUAUGGUGAAACAGAUUGCCAGCUGUACCAGAAACCUGGGUAAAACACACAACAAUAGGUUGCUCUCUUGUGCAUUUCUCCAGUUGAAUUUUAAAACUUGGUGAAGCAUUUUACCAAUAGAAUUUAGAUGUGAUAGAAAAUCUACAGUAAAGAAUCUCAAACCACUAAUAUAAGCUAUGGAAGACACUAAAAAAACUUAAUGAGCAACUUACCUUGAAAAUGAAUCCAAAAAUAUGAUUAACCUGAAGAAAAGAGAAUCCUAAGUCAAAAACAAAACCCCUUUUUAUUUAGCCUGGAAUUUUCCUCCUGGCACAUAACAAGCUGUCCCAACUUUGAUAUAAGGAUACGUGAUCUACUACAUUUCCUUGUAACAAAGUGGAAGACUGAUGUACGAAAUAGUAAAACUAUAUUAUCAGACACUCAGGAGAAUGACUAAAAGUCCUGGUUCUGAAAUGUACUAUCUCGAUUAAAACUGGCAGGGAAAUUAUGAGGAAAGACCUGAGGUCUCCAUUCUGCCACGGUACAUUUCACAUGCAAGUUAGAGCAUGCACUGUUUUGUUUUUUUCAUUUGUUUGUUUUGGAAGAAGAGAGUAUGUUCUGUAGAGGAUCAAUUUGAGAAAUUCAUUACGAAUCUUCGAUGGAAUUAAUAUUACUUUUUAAAAAAUCAAGAUAGGUAAUCAAUAUAAAAUUUUGUUCUUUGCCAAGCAUCACAGAAUAUAAGAUAUUUAACAAAAUUGUUACAUUUUCUUUGGAGUUCAAAUGCUAUAUAUACUUUAGCUAUUUCUUGGGUUAGCCACUCAUUGUUAACCAGCAGGAAACUGUUUAUAAAACUAUUAGAUUUAUUACUAGUGAUUUCAACUUCAGUAUCUUAAAAUACUUUGUUCUAUUUUUCUAUUCUGAGUCUAUAUCUAAACAAUUCUGUCUUCAAACUAAUUUUUACCCAAUACACCCCCAAUCAGAGCUUUUUGAUUUUCAAAAAUAAAAAAGGGGAAAUACUUAUAA